AUCAAGCGAAGCGAAAGCAACAAAGCUAAGCAAGCGACUCAAAGCAAAUUUUCAAAGCGACUUUAACAAAGUUGAGUGAAUUAUUUACUAGUGAAUUCAAAGUAAAUCCAAAAGUGCAAAAAUGGUGAAAUCUCCAGCAGUUGGUAUUGACUUGGGAACGACCUAUUCCUGCGUCGGAGUCUGGCAGCAUGGAAAAGUCGAGAUCAUCGCCAACGACCAAGGUAACAGAACUACCCCAAGUUAUGUUGCCUUCACCGACACCGAGCGCCUUCUCGGAGACGCUGCCAAGAACCAAGUUGCCAUGAACCCCAGUAACACCAUUUUCGACGCCAAACGAUUAAUAGGAAGGAAAUUCGACGACCCGAAAAUCCAACAAGACAUCAAACACUGGCCCUUCAAAGUCAUCAACGAUUGUGGCAAGCCGAAAAUUCAAGUCGAACACAAGGGAGAAGUCAAGAAGUUUGCACCGGAAGAAAUCAGUUCGAUGGUGCUGACGAAGAUGAAGGAAACAGCCGAAGCUUAUUUGGGAACUAGUGUGAGGGACGCCGUCAUCACAGUCCCGGCAUAUUUCAACGACUCACAGAGGCAAGCCACCAAAGACGCCGGUGUUAUCGCCGGUUUGAACGUCAUGAGGAUAAUUAAUGAACCGACAGCGGCUGCAUUGGCUUAUGGGUUAGAUAAGAAUUUGAAGGGCGAAAGAAACGUCUUGAUCUUCGAUUUGGGAGGUGGUACUUUCGACGUGUCAAUCCUGACCAUCGACGAAGGCUCGUUGUUUGAAGUAAGAGCCACUGCAGGUGACACCCACCUGGGUGGUGAAGACUUCGAUAACCGCCUUGUUAACCACUUGGCCGACGAAUUCAAACGCAAAUACAAGAAAGAUCUGAGAAGCAAUCCGAGGGCUUUACGACGAUUGAGAACCGCCGCUGAAAGAGCGAAGCGAACCUUGUCUUCGAGCACCGAAGCAUCGAUUGAAAUCGACGCCCUCUUCGACGGAAUUGACUUCUACACCAAAGUCAGCAGAGCAAGGUUCGAAGAACUGAACGCCGACCUGUUCAGAGGCACACUUCAGCCAGUGGAGAAGGCCCUCACCGACGCUAAAAUGGACAAAGGAAUGAUCCACGACAUUGUCCUCGUCGGCGGCUCCACUCGAAUCCCGAAAAUCCAACAACUCCUCCAGAAUUACUUUAAUGGAAAAUCACUGAAUCUCUCGAUCAACCCUGACGAAGCUGUCGCCUACGGUGCCGCCGUCCAAGCGGCUGUUCUGAGCGGCGAAACCGACUCGAAGAUCCAAGACGUGCUCCUCGUCGACGUGACUCCACUAUCACUAGGUAUCGAAACCGCCGGAGGUGUCAUGACGAAGAUCAUCGAACGCAAUGCAAGAAUCCCAUGCAAGCAAACCCAAACCUUCACCACUUACGCCGACAACCAACCGGCCGUCACGAUCCAAGUCUUCGAGGGUGAAAGAGCCAUGACAAAAGACAACAACCUUUUGGGAACCUUCGAUUUAACGGGAAUUCCACCAGCACCACGUGGAGUCCCGAAAAUCGAAGUCACUUUCGACCUAGACGCCAACGGCAUCCUCAACGUUUCCGCCAAAGACACAAGCUCCGGCAAUUCUCGCAACAUUACUAUCAAGAACGACAAAGGAAGAUUAUCACAGAAAGAUAUCGACAGGAUGGUCUCAGAAGCGGAACAAUACAAGGAAGAGGAUGAGAAGCAGAGACAAAGAAUUGCCGCCAGAAACCACCUCGAAGGCUACAUCUUCCAACUCAAGCAAGCCGUGUCCGACUGUGGCGACAAAUUGUCAUCAGCGGACAAAGAAACCAUAACGAGGGAAUGUGACAGCUGCUUGCAAUGGUUGGAUGCCAACACUCUCGCAGAGAAAGAAGAAUACGAAGAUAGACAGAAACAGCUGACUCAGAUCUGCAGUCCGAUUAUGGCCAAAUUGUAUCAACAAGGAGCGCCUCAAGGAGGACAGAUGCCUGGAAGCUGCGGACAACAGGCCGGCGGUUUCGGAGGACAGAGACAAGGAGGACCGACCAUUGAAGAAGUCGACUAAAUCUUUAAUUUAAUCCAAUUUUGUUCCUAGUCACAAUUUUUUGUUAAAUCCUUUUGUUGUAUAUGUAAAUAGUAUUAUUUUUUAAGUAGAUAGUGACUGCAUUAUAGAAAGACUGAUUUUUUGUAAAUUAUU